AUGGGCGAGAGUCGUGGCACUAUUCUGGUGACGGGUGCCAAUGGAGUCCUAGGUUCAGCUGUGGUUCGAGAGAUCGUGAAGUCGCCAUCCUACUGCUCAUCGUACUACGGCCUCUACACGGUACGAGAUUCCUCAUCGUCUUCCUCGCUGCAUGCCAGUCGGACCUCUCUCGGCUGGCUAGCCUCAGGGAAAAUCCCGCCUAUCCGGGCACUCAUACUCAAUGCAGGUUUCCAGGAAAACUUCACCCAGACAAGUACAGAGGAUGGUUUUGAUAUGACAUUUCAGGUGAACUAUCUAAGUCACUUCCUCCUCACCCUUCUACUACUAGGGAGCAUGGACAAGGAGAAAGGGAGGAUCCUGUACAUCGGCAGCUGGGUGCAUGACCCUGAUGACACGAGGAACUAUGUCGGCCCAGGAGCUAUGCUCUUCCCUGAAAAGUACCGCCCGAUAUUUCGUGAUGGUAUAGAUGCAGUGGCUCGCGGUACUUGGAGCACGCCUGCUGAAGACCCUUCCGCCUUAUCAGGUCCAAUCCUCCCCUGGUCUCACCAACAAAAUGCUGCAAAGUUGUUGACGCCUUCUAUUAUUACCCUAGGCAUGAGCUACAGUGUCGGCUAG